GCGGGUGACAGGGCGGGCGGGAAGGGGCGGGGCCUCGGGCGGGGCCGCCGGGGGAGGCGGGCGGGAGGGGAGGAGUGGAGAUGGCGGCGGCGGCGGCGGCGGCUCAGGGGGGCGGGGGCGGGGAUCCCCGGGGAGCCGAUGGGGUCGGCCCGGGGGUCGCGGGGGAAGUGGAGAUAGUGAAGGGGCAGCCGUUCGACGUGGGGCCGCGCUACACGCAGCUGCAGUACAUCGGCGAGGGCGCGUACGGCAUGGUCAGCUCAGCUUAUGACCACGUGCGCAAGACUCGAGUGGCCAUCAAGAAGAUCAGCCCCUUCGAGCAUCAGACGUACUGCCAGCGCACGCUGCGAGAGAUCCAGAUCUUGCUGCGAUUCCGUCAUGAGAAUGUCAUUGGCAUCCGAGACAUUCUGCGAGCGCCCACCCUGGAGGCCAUGCGGGAUGUCUACAUUGUGCAGGACCUAAUGGAGACAGACCUGUAUAAAUUGCUCAAAAGCCAGCAGCUGAGCAAUGACCACAUCUGCUACUUCCUCUACCAGAUCCUGCGGGGCCUCAAGUAUAUCCACUCAGCCAACGUGCUCCACCGGGAUCUAAAGCCCUCCAACCUGCUCAUUAACACCACCUGCGACCUUAAGAUCUGUGAUUUCGGCCUGGCUCGGAUUGCUGACCCUGAGCACGACCACACUGGCUUUCUGACGGAAUAUGUGGCCACACGCUGGUACCGCGCCCCAGAGAUCAUGCUGAACUCCAAGGGCUACACCAAGUCCAUUGACAUCUGGUCUGUGGGCUGCAUCCUGGCUGAGAUGCUCUCCAACCGGCCCAUCUUCCCUGGCAAGCACUACCUGGAUCAGCUCAACCACAUUCUGGGCAUCCUCGGCUCCCCAUCCCAGGAGGACCUCAAUUGCAUCAUCAACAUGAAGGCUCGAAACUACCUACAGUCUCUGCCCUCCAAGACCAAGGUGGCCUGGGCCAAACUGUUUCCCAAGUCGGACUCCAAAGCCCUUGACCUGCUGGACCGGAUGUUAACCUUUAACCCCAACAAACGGAUCACAGUGGAGGAAGCACUGGCUCACCCCUACCUAGAGCAGUACUACGACCCGACGGAUGAGGUGGGCCAGCCCCCCGCAGCAGGGCCGGCGGGAGCACGGGCCUCCCCUAGCACCUGCCCUGAGCCUCACUGUCUGCCACCCCAGCCGGUCGCUGAGGAGCCCUUCACCUUCGACAUGGAGCUGGAUGACCUCCCCAAGGAGCGGCUGAAGGAGCUCAUCUUCCAGGAGACGGCCCGCUUCCAGCCUGGGGUGCUGGAGGCCCCCUAGCCUGGACAGACGGUCCCACCCCUGGGCCUGGUCCUGCCUCCUGCCUGCCCCUCUCCCGCCAGACUGUUAGAAAUGGACACUGUGCCCAGCCCAGACCCCGGCAGCCCAGGCCGGCUCAGAGGGUGGGCCUGGCCACCUUCUCUCCCUUUGCUCAGGCGUCCUGCUUCAGCCAGGCCAAGGUGUCCCUCACCCCCUCCUGCUGGGGCCCUAGGGCUCACGUGGCCCCAGAGCGAAUUUCCCUGUGCUGCUCUGUCUUCACCUAGCCCAGGUAUCCCAGUCUGGUCGUUCUGGAAUGGAAGGGCUCUGGCUGCCCCAGGACCCACCGUGGGGUGGCGGCACUGAAUGAGGACUCAGGGCAAGCCCUGCCCCGCUCAUCUCAUUAAAACCCACCUUGCUUCCCUGAAGGAACAUUCCUAAGUCCCAAGGGCUGGUAUCCCUGAGGAGCAGGGCCAGGCCCGAACCCCUCCCCUCAAAGCUGCCACAUCUAACGCCCUUGCUGCUUCUGUGUGUGGGUGAGCGGAAGUGAAGCUGGGGGUACGUGGAGCACCUGGUGCCCCCUGCCCACCUCCCUGUGCCUGUAUCUAAUAUAUAAAUAUAGAGAUGUGUAUACGGA